AUGUUCUACUUCACAAUUUUCGCUGCUAUUGCUCUUUUUGCAACUGUUUCGAAUGGUUUACCAACCAAAUCCAAAAUGAAUGAACCAGAACGUUGUUGUAUAUCAAGUCUAUUUAGUGCUCAAAUCAGUACAUCCAGCGGUGUGAAAUUGCCUGAUGGUACAACUUUCAGCUCUUAUGGAUAUUACAAUUUUUCGUAUGAUGCAAACCGUGGUCUAGUUGGAAUGAAAGGUGUAUCGUUUUCAGUACCAAAACAGGAGAAAUCAAACUUACGGAUCAUUGAAAAUAUGAAGAGCGGACAAAUUUACACUUUCGAUGAAGAUUCGAAACAAUGCUACAAAUCGAUAAAUCCAAUCAAGUCAUAUUCUUGCAUACCAGAUUCCGCAAUCUAUCUACAUUCAUUUACCUAUGGAUAUGGUGAUAAACAAAUCAUUGCUGAUACAUGGCUUAUACAAAUUGAUAAUGCAGUUAACUAUGCAACAGUUAGUCGUGACGGUCUAUGCGUUCCAUUGACUGGAAAUAAUUUUGUGUCAGAACCUGCUAUGAUCAAUGCUAUCACAACAACAGAUUUUACACCAACGGUUGAUGAUCCAAGUAUUUUUGAUAUUCCAGCAGAAUGUAACACCGCUGUUUAG